AUGGAGUAUUUUGAUUUCGAAGGCGCCUCGUCGGCCCAUGGCUCUAAUCAACUAGACGACGAUGUCGGUUCGAUUGAUAUUGAACUCGACGAAGCCGAAGAACAGGCAGCGAACUUCGACUCGCUGGUUCAUGAUCAAACGCUGGAGUUCUCCAAUGACCCGGCACCGGAGCCGUCCGAAGUGAAUGUCUCACAAGCCAUUGACCCAGUCGGGGUCGACGGGGUUUACCCCAUGUUCCGGGCCCAAGAACCAUGCGACUAUUGCCAGCGAAGGGGACUGGAUUGUUUUGUUGCAAAGCGCGGUAUAAUGAACUAUGGCUGCACUUGCUGUAUCUCUCUUUGGCGUGAAUGCAGUUUCACCCAUGCCAAAACGCCGGGCAAAUUCCUCCAGACAUUACAUAGCGUGUCAGAGAAUGCCUACGUUCCUACAGGUAGCCUGACCGGAAAGAAAGCCCUGAAAUCAGUUUCAUACAACACAUAUCCCAAUGACCCAGAUUCGCGCUCUCAAAAAACUGGAGCUCGAUUCUCACGCAAAGCAAUCAGCAUUCUGAAGGGCUGGCUGAGAGACCAUAAUGAGAACCCCUAUCCUACCGAGCAAGAGAGAGAUGACCUGAAACAAUACACUGGUCUCACUCGGACGCAAAUUGCUAAUUGGCUCGCCAAUGCCAGGCGACGCGGCAAAGUUCGUGCGUCACCUGGGAGCAGUUCUCCCGUUCCAGGAGCUGUGGACAUCCCCAUGAAGCAAUCCGUCAACACAUCCCUCAUGACUCCUCUUGAACGUUGGAAGUACUCUCCCCCGAAAACGAACCGGCUACGAUCAGCGAUAUUACCCGUGCCCUGGCCAAUCCUCCAUUCGAUCCCACCCGUCCAAGACGGGCCCCAUCGAGUCACGUGA